CCGUUCUCUCUCUGUCUCUCAGAAUCUAGAAACACCUCUGUAAGCAGGGAUGGAAAGGAGACAAAAAAUCACCAACUUGAGUGUCAAACCAAAGGUCUGCUGCUUCCUGACUAGGUGGCCAUGGCAAAUGUUUUAACCUCCCCAGGCCUCAGAAAGUGAGAAUAAUGAUAGAAUCUUUAUUAGAGAGUUGGGUGAGAAUUAAAUAAAAUAAUGCAUGAACAUGCUUUAGGACAGUGGUGAAUGGUCAAUUAAUAACUUGAGUGGUUAUUAAUGCUCUGAAAAUUCAAGAUAUGGGAUCAUCCAAUCCUUAGGGACACUCAUAGAUCUGGCAUGUACCUGUCUCCCACUGUCCUCUCCCUUAUGGCCCAGACUCUACUUUGCACAUUUCUUAGAAAAGAAGUGGUUUUCUGCAUGAGGUAAAGCCCCCCACUGCAGGAGGAAAUUCAGGGGGGUGGAACAGACUGGGUGUUGUAUUCUGAUCUCUUUUAUGACUCACCUGCUUUGACUUAGAAACUGCCUUUGAAAAUGAAGACAAUAAAACAUUUCCCCUUUUACUGCCCUAUCCUUAUUUCCCAAUUUAUGAGGCUAGCAGGAGCUAUGAUUAGCUUGUAAACGCUCUGAUCUUCCUUGCAAAAUAGCAUUGGACCGAAGUGAUGAGGACAGCUGCAGUUUACUGGUAUGAAGAUUUGUUCAACCCUUCCCGAUGCCUGGAACUGAAGACUGUUCUAACUGGACUCCAGCAGUUUCAGGUGUUCAGCACAGUAAUUCGACAUCUGUAUACCUUACGAAGUGAUCACCAUGACAACUCUAGUAACCUCCUGUCACCUUACGAAACGUGACAUGUUUCACCAGCAAAAUGGAGCAAUCCCGGUGGCUCUAGCUGCCAAUUGCCUGUUCAGAGCUCUUGGCGAUCAGUUGGAGGGACACUCACGAAAUCAUCUCCAGCACCGACAAGAGACAGUGGACUACAUGAUAAAGCAGCGGGAAGAUUUUGAACCCUUUGUAGAAGAUGACAUUCCCUUUGAGAAACAUGUGGCCAGUUUGGCAAAGCCUGGUACAUUUGCUGGCAAUGAUGCAAUUGUAGCCUUUGCAAGAAAUCAUCAAUUGAAUGUGGUGAUUCAUCAACUUAAUGCCCCUUUGUGGCAGAUUCGAGGUACGGAUAAAAGCAGCGUGCGGGAGUUACACAUUGCCUAUCGAUACGGUGAGCACUAUGACAGUGUCCGGAGGAUCAAUGACAACUCGGAAGCCCCCGCCCAUCUCCAGACUGAUUUUCAGAUGCUUCAUCAAGAUGAAUCAAAUAAGAGAGAGAAGAUCAAGACAAAGGGAGUUGAUUUUGAAGACGACCUGCAAGAUGAGGUGGAAGAUGCUGUCCAGAAAGUGUGCAAUGCGACUGGCUGUUCAGAUUUUAAUUUGAUAGUCCAGAACCUGGAAGCUGAAAAUUAUAAUAUUGAAUCUGCAGUAAUUGCCAUGCUUCAGAUGAACCAGGGGAAAAGAAAUAAUGCAGAGGAAAACCUCGAGUCCAGGGGCCAAGUGCUGAAGCAAAGUGGUCCUUUAUGGGAGGAGGGUGGCAGUGGCUCCCGAAUCUUUGGAAAUCAGGGCUUAAGUGAAGGCAGGACUGAAAACACUAAGGUGCAGGCCAGCCCUGGUGAAGAAAACAAGGCAAAUAAGAACCAGCUCCCCAAGGUCACCAACAAGCAGCGGAGGGAGCAGCAGCGCCUGGAGAAGAAGAAGCGGCAGGAGGAGAGGCACCGGCUAAAAGCCCUGGAGAGCAGGAGCAGCCACCGGGACAGCAACAGAGGCGACGCGGAGGCCGGCGAGCAGGUCACCUUGGUGAAGACCUUUGCUGCUCUCAACAUCUGACUCGCCUGCUGGGUUGUGAGAAGCGAGUGGAGAGGGGCGGGCUGUGCACCACGUGUCUCUGUGAGGCGGUCCCCAGAACAGCCCUCAGAACCCCAGGAGCUCACACUCUGAGUUAGAGCCCUUCAAGCAGCCUCUUUUUUGUUCAAAGUUUUGUUAGUGACGUGUCUUAUUUUCUGAAAGUUCAGUGAAGCCAUUCAUGUUCUGUGAUUAAAAGGGUGAGAUUUAGGGUGAGUGGUACAUCAGGAAAAACCUUUCAGGUGUGGUUUGAUUUGUUCUGGAAAUCAGUUCAGUGACCCUGGGAUCUUUCCUUGACCUUGGGGGUGAGGUUUGUUGUAUUUGUUCAUGAACUAGUUUAGAUUAAUUGUUAGACACUCAGAAUGAGAAGUUUCAUUUGUUUCUCUCUCACUUUCAAGCAGAUAUAUUAAUAUACAGGCUAGUUCGUAAAUGAUCUCCAACUCAGGAACAUGUUUAAUUUUCUUUCUAAUCAGAAAAUACUUCAGGAAGUGUGCUCCCAAAGUGACUUGAUGUGGGGGUGUGGCCUGCAGUCGGGGUGGGAAGUGAACUACACUUCUCUCCUUCCUGAUUCUGACGUCAUUUCUGAUGGGAUGCAGGAGCUGUUAGUUCGUUUAUCCUCAAGCCAUAUGAUGCAUGCGCCUGACUGUUAAUUAGGCCUGGGCUUUGCUGCAGAAUUGAUGCUGUUGAGUUUUUGGCACUUGUCUUUUGACGAUGGGAAGAUGGCCUGUCACUGCUUAUGAUAUGGUUCUGGGAUUCUGACAGUAUGGCAAGUCAUAAAGGGAGAAAUUGAGGAAUUCCUGAGUGUUUGCCUGGGAAGAGUCUAAAGAGUUUUUGAUUUUGUCUGGAGAAUGGAAGAUCUAAGGUUUUUCAUCUUCACGUUGUAAGUCACUGUUUUCUUCCUUACUUUUCUAGACUUAGAUGCCUUCAGAGAAAUAAAAGGUAACUUGGCCUGUUGCUAAAUUUUCUUAGUAUUGUGAAAACGAAAUCCCACAAAAUGCUGCAUUUAUUUCUCUUUAUUUGAAUCCCGCUUGGGAUUCUGAUGUUGGAAACUCUCCAGUGCCCACCACCACAGACUGUCAGGGAUGUGCUGGACCAACAGGGCAGAGAGUGCACUUUGGCUGAGGACUCUGGACGACUCUGCGGUUCUGAGAUGGACAGAUUUGAGCGGUGGAGUUAGUAGGUGUGAGCUUUAAAACUGUGUGUUGGAAAUGGCCUGUCUUGGAUGGUCUUUGCCUUUGGGGACCUUAAUAUGUAGACAAGUAAGAUAUGCUAAAUCAAAAGGUAAAUUGUUACUCUCCCCCCUCAGAUUUCUACGUUCUGAGGUGAGGGAAACUAUAAAAAAGCGUUGACCUGUGUAGACAUAUAACUGUCUGGGCUGGCCCUGGAUUCAUCGAAUUGUCUGUCAGUGAGUGAUUUGCUUUCUUUGGUUUAAUGAUGUGUUUUAAUUUUUUGCUUUUUUUCCUUUGGUGACUUUCUGUGGGUGGAGCAUCAUUCGUCUCUAGGAAUUGCUCCCAGGACAUUCUGGUUUGGGUGUCUUCCUGGUACAACACAUUGUACUAUUUAGCAGUCUGAGAAGCUGCACAGCUGGUUUCCCUUGCACUUUGCAGAGUCCUGAGUGAGAGGCACCAGAGCUCAGUCUAGACGAGUGGAGGGUCCCCAUGGCCUGUCUCCAUGGGGGUGAGGUCUGGGCGGAGUCCUAACCAACUCCAGUUGAGCUUUCCUGAAUGUGCUUUUCUGAAUGUGUCUUGUUUGUUUUGUACUAUGAGCGUGCAGGAGACCAGAUCUCUCAGAAGGAUCAAGGUUGUGUGCCAGAAAUUCAGCAGAUUUAGGAGUCGGAAAUAGCGUAGGGGAGACCCCUUGUCUGGAGUGGUAGAAUUGCGUUAUCUACUUGGUUAGUGAAGGUAGCCUUGGGCCCUACUGGGUUUUAGAAGUUUUAGAAGCUGCUAAAAAGUUAAAGAAUAUUGGGCAUAUUUAUUUAUCAAUUACCUAAUUCUGAUAAUAGGUUUCAGCAUUUUUGGGGGUAAAAUAACAAUGGUUUUAAAAACUAAUCAAAUGGCUUUAGUAAUUUCCUUUUAUUACUGUUUCAUAGUUUUCCAGUUAUAAUUGGUCUGUGUUUAGUUUGUUAAUUAUUAGGAAAGGGGUAUAUGUAUCCAGCUUGAAUGAUAUCUUCUAGCUAAGAGUUUGGGUUUAGACCUCACUGCUUCAGUCUCGCCAAGUAUGAGGUGGACGGAAUCCAUGUACUUAGUUGCCUUCAUAGUCACUUGGAAAUUACUUUAUUGGCAGCCAAACGGAGGCUGUGUUCAGUCCUGAAUGGCUAUUGUCAGUAAUUGGUACCUAGUACAGUUACUCAUGUGCACUCUGUAUUAGGAAGUGACUUUUUUUACCUGUGUCACAUCUUGGCUGUUAGAGAGUUAUGUUACACAUGGGAUUGUCUCAGUGGCUUUUAGUGAGGCCUGGAAAAAGGGAUGGGGCAGUGAACCAUAGCUGCUUACUAGUCUUAUAAACUGUAUAUAAAGGUUUUAUGAAUUAAAAAAAAAAGAUUUUUUAAAGGUCGAAAUAAGGAAUAAAAUUGUAGUGGCAACAGCCUUGUCCCAGAGAGGUAGAUGCAUUAAAACCACAUAGAGCCACAACUUCUCAGUAGCAUAGUUGCCACCAGGAGAUGCUAGAGAGACGUGUAUAUAUUUAAUUUUCAGUAUUUGAACAUUGCUUUUAGUUGGCUGAGAAAUUAUGGCAGAAAAAGACUCUCAAACGUUAGUUGAGGUUGUCUGUAGUUUCUUUUAUAAGCUCUGGACACUCUUCCAAACCCGUGUUGAAUCCGAGGGCUUGUGAAGCAGGCUCUCCCGGGGGGGCAGUAGGUGCUGGGCUUCUAGGGAGCCUUUGCUGGGUAAUUUAAGCUGCCCUGCUGUCCUGGGGAGCUCCUACAAUGUGAAAUGUCACGGUGCGGGGUGGGAGGGUGUGGCGGGGAGGGGAGAGCUGCUCACCUAUUGUGUAGGUAGAUAGCAGAUGGACUUUGGCAUUGAACUGUACUCCUAGUGAGUCCCUGUCAUCAAUGUGCAGUUUCUCUCAUUCUGAGAACCUCUAGCCUCUGCCUGGGUUUUACUGGGUUAACAGAGGAUGCAGUCAGUUUACCUCUGAAAUGUCCAGCUGGAAUAUUCAGUCGUUAAAGGAAACUUGGAUUCCCAGUCAGAGCUAAGCCACCCUGACCAGAAGGAUCUUCCUGGGCGCUGAGAACGGAGCCCCGUGGUUUCAGUGGCACGGCUGCGGCCCUCUGGCUCCUGUUCUGGGCAGAUGCGUAGCUCUGCACCUUUGUACCUCAAGGCUCUAUAGAGACCGUUACACUCGGAGUCCGGAGCCCUUUCCUGUCUCUCUAUUCUCAUGAUCCACGGUUCAUCAGCUCAGCUCCCAGAGCAGGCGUGGGCACUCUGGGCCUUCUGGCCAUUGUUCUGACGUGAUUCAAUCAUGGCAGUUUUACAAGGCAUGUGUUUCGACUCUAAAGCAAAUCGUGUUUUUCCACUGAUGUUGAAUUAGAGAUCUACACGUCAUGUUUAAUUGUAGCAGAUCUCCUGCCUUCUCAUAUUAGAGGGGAGAUGGAUAAUUGAUUUGAAGUGGAGACAGUGAGCACCAGUCACAACGUGCUUACGCAGCAUGGGGCCCAAAGGUGCACCACGGCCUGGCCCCAGGAGAGAGCUGGGUCCAUGGGCUGCCUGACCCUGCUCCAUCCCAAGGUACAUUCCCUGGAAACACCUCAGGCUCUUAACCAUUUCCUCUAAGGGGUUUCUAGAAUCUCUAUCCUUGCAAAGUCCUUGAGAAGAGCGUAUUUCUAUAAAAGCAGAACUGCGUGGUGACUUGAUUUUAAGAGGCAUCCCCAGGAUGCAGAACUUGUUUGCUCACUGUGCUGGUGAUCAUGGAAGGUGACGAUCAAUGGGCAAAACCUCGGUGGUCUGCCCUGAUCCUUUGCAUGUCACCAUCCAGCAGGCUGCUGUUGCCAGCUGUCCAUGGCAGCCUGCAGUCCAAUCCCUGGCGGGUCCCUGGACCAACACUUGAGGAAUGAUGGUGUGGGGCGCCUCUCAUCUUCCCCUCUCCUUGUUCAUGUUCCCGGUGGGAGGGGCCCUCGCCUCCCCAGCUACCAUUCCAGCAUCUUGCACCAGCAUUGAGCUCAGCAAGAAGGAUAGAGCCAGGACUCAGCCUCCCUGUCCCUGUGGCUGAUGCGGACGUGUGGUGGGCGUCAGUCCCCUUCGGAAGGAGGCGUGUGUGUCUGUGGAGAACACAGCUCUCCAUGGGCUUGGGAACCUUCUCUUUUUUCUAAUUGCACUACACUUGUUCUAGCUUCAGUCUGGAGAUAAAUGUAAGACCUCCGUGGGGUCAUGAUCCAUAGCCGUAGCAAGCCUCGCCUUACCUAUGGAGCGCGACGGGAGAGGUGUGACCGCUGUCCGAUGUCCACAGUCCAUUUCCUCUAGGUUGUUUCUUUCCACACGUGUUAGUCCCAGCCCUUUCAUUUUUUAUUUACCAAAGUACUGUACUUGGCUAUUUGCAGUGUUUUCAAAACCAAAUGUUUCUUUUUUUGUUUUUAAUCUUCAAUACUUGGUGCAAUAGAAGCUGCAAAGAUGUGCCACUUUAUCUAUGAAAAAUUUAUUGUAUACCAAUAAAUUCUAGUUUAAAGA